AUGCCUACCACACGCCAGACUCUGUACCUUCUUUGCCACCCCGAAGAGCUGCGAGCGGUACUUCAAUGGAAAGUGUGGCAUGAGCCUGUCCACCGCCGCGACGCAAGCAAGGAAACGCCAACCGAGAAGGCAUGCUUCCAGCACCUUGUGCUGACAUCGCGCAGCUUUGCGGCAGUCAUCCAGGAGCUGACGCCGGAGCUGCUCAUGUCCGUGUGUCUGUUCUACCUGGUGCUGCGCGGCCUCGAUACGAUUGAGGACGACAUGACUAUCCCGCUGGAGAAGAAGGUGCCGCUGCUGCGGGGUUUUGACGACCUCAUGGAGCAGGACGGCUGGACGUUUACGGAGAACGGGCCGAACGAGAAGGACCGUGAGCUGCUCGUGCACUUUGACGACGUCGUCACUGAGCUGAAGCGGCUCAAUCCGGCCUACUAUGCCAUUAUCCGUGACAUCACGACCAAGAUGGGCAACGGCAUGGCCGACUACGCUCUGAACGCGGAGCAGAGCGUGAACGGCAUCGCCACGAUUGCCGAGUACGAGCUAUACUGCCACUACGUGGCCGGCCUGGUGGGCGAGGGCUUGACGCGGCUCUUUGUGGAGUCGAAGCUGGCCAAUCCGCAGCUGAUGAAUCGGCCGCAGCUGACCGAGUCGAUGGGCCAGUUUCUGCAAAAGACAAACAUCAUUCGCGACAUCCACGAGGAUUUCGAGGACGGGCGCCGCUUCUGGCCCAAGGACAUCUGGAGCAAGUACGUGGACCGCUUUGACGACCUGUUCGACCCGGCCCACCUCCAGCAGGCGCUGUAUUGCCAGUCGGAGAUGGUGCUCAACGCGCUGAAACACGCCGAGGAUUGCCUCUUCUACAUGGCGGCCAUCCGCGAGCAGAGCGUGUUCAACUUUGUGGCUAUCCCGCAGACCAUGGCCAUUGCCACGCUGGAGCUAGUCUUCCAGAACCCAGACGUGUUCAAGCGGAACGUCAAGAUCACCAAGGGCACGGCUUGCCGGCUCAUGCUAGACUCGACGCAGAACCUGCAGGUGGCCUGCGAGGUCUUCCGGCGCUAUGCCCGACGCAUACACCAAAGGAACGACCCGCGCGACCCCAACUUUGCGUCUAUCAGCCUCCAGUGCGGAAAGAUUGAGCAAUUCAUCGAGUCGCUGUACCCAACGCAGGAUGUCAAGCAAAUUGUGCCGAAGCCGGGCCCAAUGGAGGAGCAGAUGCGGGCCUCGGACGCCCUUUUACUUGUGGCCUGCACUUUCGGCAUGCUUCUUGUGGUUGGUGGUGUAAUGAUUGGAUCGGCUUGGAUCCUAGGAACGAACUUUGACAAGAUCUCGAACAUGCUUGGCAUUGCCAACCCAUCCAAUGCAGCAACCCUCGUACACGAGGAGCUUUAA